CGAGCCAAAAAAGGCAUGAAAAGCAAUGAUUGAAACUACGGAACAAUCGAAGGAUUCGAACGAUGCGGAAGAUGAGGAUGAUGCUUUGUUGCCGAUCUGUUUCAACUGCGAGCGCCACCUGGACAAGAUAGUCGGCAUCAACUGUACGACGCAAAGUUGGCGCGUACGGGAUCGUAUGAAAACGGUCAGCGUAGCGCUUGUACUAUGUUUAAACAUUGGCGUCGAUCCGCCCGACGUGGUAAAGAUCGACAAAUGUGCGCGCGUCGAAUGUUGGAUCAAUCCGGCGUCCUACUCCGCUGGGAAAGCGUUGGAAAUGAUCAGUUACCAGCUGCAGAAGCAGUACGAACGGUGGCAGCCUCGUGCCCGCUACCGGCACUCCCUAGACCCGACCAUGGAGGACGUUAAGAAGCUGUGCACUUCGCUCCGCCGGAAUGCGAAGGAGGAGCGAGUGUUGUUCCACUACAACGGUCACGGUGUGCCGCGCCCGACUGCGAACGGUGAAAUAUGGGUGUUUAACCGAACGUUCACACAGUACAUCCCACUGUCGAUCUACGAUCUGCAGACGUGGAUGGGUGCGCCGUCGAUCUACGUGUACGAUUGCUCGAACGCUGGCAUCAUCGUGAACAGCUUCAACACGUUCGCCGAACAGCACGAAAGUGAAAUGGAGCAAAUGCGAAACCGAAGCGGUAGUACGGCGGGGCAGCAGCACACUACUGGUGGCGAUCUGCAGCAGUCCGGAGAAGACAGUAGUCGGGUAUCACCUUCACCUUCGGCCGGAGCGGCUGGCACGACGACGUACCGGAACUGUAUCCAGCUGGCAGCGUGUGCCGCCGAUCAGUUGCUACCAAUGAAUCCAAACCUUCCUGCUGAUUUAUUUACCGCUUGCCUUACAACACCGGUCAAAAUGGCGCUACGAUGGUUUACGCUACAAUCCACCUCUCAGCUCGUGCCGGAAGUGACGGAAGAGCUGAUCGAAAAGAUUCCCGGCCAACUGAACGAUCGGCGCACAAUGAUGGGUGAGCUUAACUGGAUCUUUACCGCCAUUACGGACACGAUCGCGUGGAACACCUUAAGACCGGAACUGUUCCAGAAGCUGUUCCGUCAGGAUUUGCUUGUCGCAAGCCUGUUUCGCAACUUCCUGCUUGCCGAGCGUAUCCUGCGUGCGUACGAUUGUACACCGAUAUCGAGUCCGGCAUUACCUCCGAGCUACCGGCAUCCGAUGUGGUCGGCUUGGGAUUUAGCGCUCGAUCAAGCGCUUGCCCAGCUGCCGGACAUUCUGGAGAAGGGCAAACCAUUCCAGCAUUCGCCGUUUUUCGAGGAACAGCUAACGGCGUUUCAGGUGUGGCUGGAGGGUAGUACGGAACAGCGUAGCCCACCGGAACAGUUGCCGAUCGUGCUGCAGGUGCUACUGUCGCAGGUUCACCGUUUGCGUGCCUUGGAGUUGCUGGGACACUUUGUCGAUUUGGGACCGUGGGCGGUGAAUCUGGCGCUUAGUGUAGGCAUCUUUCCGUACGUGCUGAAACUGUUACAAAGUUCGGCGAAAGAGUUGCGCCCCUGUCUAGUGUUCAUUUGGGCGAAAAUUGUCGCAGUAGAUGGAACGUGCCAGAUCGAUCUAAUCCGGGAGCAGGGUCAUAAGUAUUUCCUUGCCGCCCUGCAAGACACAAACCCGGGCGGACAACCGUUUAAGGGCAACCACCGAACGUACGCUGCCUUUGUGCUUGCGAGCAUUGUGCACAACUUCCCGAACGGACAGUCGAGUGCGCUGCAGGGUCAACUUGUUUCCAUCUGUCUUGACCAGCUAAAUGACGAUAGUAACCCGUUGCUGCGGCAAUGGUUGGCGAUCUGUUUGGGACAUUUGUGGCAAAACUAUGAGCAGGCACGCUGGUCUGGUGUGCGGGACAAUGCGAACGAAAAGCUUUACCCGUUGCUAAGCGAUCCGUAUCCAGAAGUUCGCGCUGCUGCCGUCUACGCACUGGGGACGUUUAUCAGCUCGGUAAAGCAGCGGUCCGAUCACGCAAACAACAUUGACCGUUCCACAGCCAUGCACCUGUUUAUGACGGUUAGCAACGAUAUGAGUCCGCUCGUGCGAAUGGAGCUGAUAGCGGCGCUCCAGUGGAUGGUACUGUUCUUCGAGACGCAGUUCGCCAGUACCUUCUUGCAGCUGGACAGCCCCGAACGUAGCAUCACUAACCCGAUGAAGCGCGUUUCCAGCACCAGCAACAUUCUCGGCGCAGGCAAAUCCGUCGUUGGAUUCUUUCAGAAGCUCUGGAGCGGGUUCAUUGCGCUGUCGAAAGAUCCCUUCCCGGAGGUAGCCACGAUGGCACAAAAGGUGGUCGAUUACGUACGUGCCGACAGUGCGAAAGAGGUGACGGUCUGUGAGAAGGGCUACUAUCAUCAUAGUAGUGGUGCCAGCAGCGUCAGCUUACCACCGUCACCCAAUACUCGGGUCGGUUUUUUGGCCGGUGAAUCACCACCAACACAUGGCGGUGGCAUGCAUGUAUCGACCGACAACGGUACAGGAAACCAUCAACAUCGGCUCACUAAUCAACAAACGCCGCUAGCAAUGAAAAAGCGCAUCCAUGCGGUACACGAUAGCCCAGCGACGGACUGUACGGACGGGCAGGAUAAAGCAACUUACCACCCGCUAACGACGGUGUCCCACAGCAUGCUGCCGCCUGCAGCAUCGUCGUCCGCUGCUGCGACACCGCUGAAACCAAUCGUAUCGACACAAUUCAUUGAAUGGUCGGUAAGCUUCUUUGCCCAGCCAUCGAAGCGUAUGCAGGAAACGAGCGUGGCAGGUACGGAUCACAAUUCGUACGAGUUUCUCCUCCGUAAAUCGCGCUGGUUGCGCAACAAAGAGGUACGGGCCGAAGGGCGUUUGCAGCGGAAGAAGGCAAUCUUCAAGCGGUUGGAUGUGCAGAGCUGGUCCUGUCGUACGCAGCACGCACCGACGAUCAUCAAGCUGAACCCGUACGAUGAGCAGGUGGCAUUUGCCUACAAGGAUCGAGUAAUUGUAGUGAAUACGAGCACGGAAGUGACGCACACCCUUACACCCCAAAGACAAUCCAUUUACGAUAGCACCAACAGUCUGGCCAGCGCCUGCAGCAACAGUGGCGGCUACCAGUCCCUGCAGCAUCAAGGAUCGCACCGGCUAAUCAAUCAAUCGAUCAUGUUUCUUGAGCAACACCACCCAUCGUUGUCCCAGUCACAACAACCACUAUCGUUUCCGCACCAGCUGAAGCCCUCGGGGGAAACAUCUGUAUCCGCUGGCAUGGGUGGCCAGGCGGCAUUGGCCGUCACUUCAUUGGAGUUCCUGAACGCACACGAUGUCGGUGUGAUAAUGGCCGGAUACAGCGAUAGCACGAUACGGUUGUGGCGGCCAAAAGAGAUCAGUGACGAAACCCAGUUACUGUCCGCCUGGCACGGUUUACUAGACUUCAAUACAUCGAGCGCAGCAAAGGUAAGCUGUACGGAACCGGCCCCAAUAGCGCACGGUGGCAAUGCAGGGCCGGGUGGCCUAAUACUUGCAUGGCACCAGCGCUCCCAAACGAUAAUGGCAGCGGGCGAAGCAAAGUACAUACGUCUGUGGGAUGCUGAGCGGGAGAUGCGUAUCUGUGAUAUUCCGAGUGGUUCCGAUACGGCCGUACUGAAGAUGUCAUGCGCUCCGAACGGUUUAUUGGCGGCUGGGUUUUACGAUGGAAGUGUGCGCAUAUUCGAUCGUCGCUGUCCGCCGGCCGAGGCCAGAUGUGCGACGAUAAGGGAAAACAUCAACCCGGUGUUAGCCAUCUGUAUGCGGGAUGAUUGUGAAUCGUUAGUAACGGCCGGUGUGGAUGCGUGCGUCCGUUUGUACGAUAUACGGAAAGCGUACUCUUCGUUUCACCAGUGGGUCGCCGGAACGGACGUGUCGGCGAUGGCCAUACACACUAGUGCAGACAUUCUGGCCUGUGCGACAAGUCAAAUCACCAUCUACGGACUUGAUGGUGUGGUUCUUAGUUCGGGGCGUAGCAACGAAGGAUUUAUGGCGCCGAGGAAGGGCGUAGCGUCCUGUCUGUCCUUCCACAAGUAUAAACUAAACCUGGCGGCCGGAUACAACGACAAUACAGCGGCGGUGCUUGUGCCAUAGGAAAUAAUGAUGGCUAACGC